AUGAACCGUACCGAGAAGGACACGACGCGCCCAGCAGCAAGCAGCAGCAACAGCAGCCCCUCCAGCUAUCAGUUCCUAGACCUAACCGAUGCCGGUGAGAAUGACGCGUCCACCCUGAUGGGAAUCCUUUAUCCACCUCACGGUCCUCCUCCCAUCUCCGCCGGUCGCCCUGUCGGAGCUGAUGAUGCUGGUUUUGGGUCCGCGUCCGCAUCGUCGGCCACCACCGAACGGCGUGCUGCAGCAGCUGGAGCCGAGGAGCAACCAUGUUUGAACGGGCUAAACCCCAACGCCCAAGCGUUCGAUCCCCUGCUGGUGCUGGUCAUGGACGAAUCUUCGGGCAAGGCUCGGUCCAGGCUGGUCGAGGAACCGCUUCACCUGAGCGGAGGUGGAGACCCUUCGGUUCCACUCGUGGCGGUCCGUAAACCACCAAGAAUACCGGCGGCGAUACCCAACCGUCCGCUGAUACUGCUCGAUCAGCCUCCUCCACCGAUCGCUGCUGGCCCUGUGCUGCCGCAGCACUUGCCCCUGGUGCCGACUUUCGUUUCGCAACAGCAGCAGCAGCAGCAACCAUCUCUGCCGCCUCCGCCACAGCAGAUGCAUCAGCAUGCUUCCUUCGGCCACCGUUCAGCCUCGAUCGCCUCAGCACCAACAGCAUCAGCACCACCGCUGCCGACACUCGUUAGUUCUAACAACUAA